AUGGAUCCGAAGAGUGGUUUGGAUUAUAACUCGUAUUCAAUGAGCGGAAGUCAAUCGAGUUCUUCGCCGUCCAUCGAGACCAAGGAUUCGCCGUUUAAGUCAAUCGCUUCCAACUCUUCGACGACCACCACAUCGACAGAUAAGACGAAACCCGCGAUUGGGUUGCGCUCCAGAAGUGUGGCCACAAAUAGUGGGUCUUUGCCGACGUCGGGAACGGAAGUGCCUCUCUUUCCCGGCGAGACUAUUGUGGGUAAUGUGAGGGCACGAGACGUGACAUAUCUGUGUCCAUACUUCGGGCCGAUUCGGGGCUCACUUUACGUCACGAAUUAUAAGCUGUAUUUCAAGAGCGCCGAGAGUGAGGCGGAGAGCGUAUCGGUUCCGCUGUGUUGUGUGUCUCGAGUGGAGAAAGUGGGCGGCGCCUCAUCGAAGGGCGACCACUCCUACGGCAUUGACCUCCUCUGCAAAGACAUGCGAAACCUGCGGUUCGCUCACAAACAGGAGAACCACUCGCGACGGGAUGUGUUCGAGAAGUUGUCUCAAUACGCGUUCCCGCUGUCCAACAAACUGCCGAUCUUUGCGUUCGAGUAUUCGGCCAAAUACUCGGUCGACGGCUGGACUGCUUACGCGCCGAUCGCUGAGUACAAGCGCAUGGGUUUACCCAACGAGAGCUGGAAGAUCACCAAAAUCAACGAGAAGUACGAACUCUGCGACACAUAUCCGGCCGAACUGGCCGUCCCGUCCGCCGCCAACGACGACUACUUGCGAUCGGUGGCCAGCUUUCGGAGUCGCGGCCGACUGCCUGUCCUGAGUUGGCUCCACCCCGAAAGUCAGGCCAGUAUUACCCGCUGUUCGCAGCCAUUGGUCGGUAUGACUAACAAACGGAACAGAGACGACGAGCACUACAUCCAGACCAUUAUGGACGCCAACGCCCAGUCGCACAAGAUCUUCAUAAUGGACGCGCGACCCAUCGCUAACGCCGUGGCCAACAAAGCGCGCGGCGGAGGCUAUGAGAACGAAGAGCUGUACCGAAACGCCGAAAUCAAUUUCCUGGACAUUCAUAGCAUUCAUGUGAUGCGCGAAAGUCUGCGUAAACUCAAAGAAUUAUGUUUCCCAGCGAUCGGUGACGAACAGCACUGGUACUCGAAUCUCGAAUCCACUCAUUGGUUAGAACACAUCCGAUCCAUACUCGCCGGCACUCUUCGGAUUGUCGACAAAAUCGAGAACAACAAGACAUCGGUUGUCGUCCACUGUAGCGACGGUUGGGACCGAACCGCGCAACUGACCAGCCUUUCCAUGAUAUUACUCGACCCAUACUAUCGUACACUCAAAGGGUUCGAAGUGUUGAUCGAGAAAGAGUGGAUCAGUUUUGGCCAUAAGUUCGCGCAACGCAUCGGUCACGGAGAGGACAAACACUCGGACGAUAACCGGUCGCCGGUGUUCUUGCAGUUCAUUGACUGCAUUUGGCAAAUAAGCAAACAAUUCCCGAAUGCCUUCGAAUUCAACGAAUACUUUUUGAUCACUAUUUUGGAUCACUUAUACGGCUGUCUUUUCGGCACAUUUCUCUGCAACUCUGAAUACCAACGACACAAAGAGGAGGUGAAGGCCAAGACUAAGUCGUUGUGGUCUUUCACCAACAGUGAGGACAAUAUCGACGACUUUAAGAACCCGUUGUACACUAAUUACGCCAAACAACAUGUGCUGAUGCCUGUGGCAAGUCUGAGGCGCAUCCAGUUAUGGACCGCGUAUUUCUGUCGCUGGAAUCCGAACCUCAGACCACAAGAACCGAUUCAGACCCGCAAUAAAGAGUUGCUUCUCAUGCGAACUGAGAUUAAGAAAAGGGCCGAAGAUUUGCACAAAGAGUUGCAAACAAAGUUGACUCGAAUGGGAGGCAAUGGAUCCAAUAGUAACGCGACAACCGGUGCCAGCGGUGGCGCAAAUGCGGCCAUCGCUACAAAUGCUUCCGCUUCUGGUGUAUCGACGGCUGGAGCGAUGGGUCGCAUCACUUCAGUCAUCUCUAUUUAA